AUGGUGGAAAAGAAAUCCAAGUUAGGCACCUUCAUUCUCCAACAACCACCACCUAAAUCUCAUUUUUUAUUGCUUUCUGGUGAAGGCUUCAAGGAGUUGGAGGAUCUUGGCAGACGACCAUUUUUUAAGGAUGCGAACCCUAAUGGCAUAAACAUGGUGGAUUCUGUUCAUGGAAUAUUUUUUUUACAUAACCGAAUGACCAGGGAUAUUGCUCUUAGGAACCCUGCUACCAGACAAUGUAGACUUCUUCCAAAAUCGUCAAAUGGAAACCCCAAGGUUGGACAUUACCAUCGUGAUUUUGUUGGUCUAGGUUUUGAUGUUGAAACCAGGGAUUACAAGGUGAUACCAGUCUUUUCUCUCGAGCCCCCAAAAAAUAACAUAUGGUUAGGCCUUAACUGCAUGCGCAAAGUUCAGAUAUACUGCCUAAGUACUGAUUCCUGGAGGUUGGUAGAUUCAGAUUUCCGUACUCGUUCUUCUGACGGAGCAUUAGGACGGAGUUUGAAUGGUAUUUAUUUUCAUCUAGGUGUGAACUACUCUGCAGAACCUAAUGAGCAAGUGGUUUACUGUGUAGACACUAAUAAGCAAGUGAUUUUGUCAUUCGACUUGAGCAAAGAAAAAUAUCGAAGAAUACGGAGACCAGUCGAUCAAUUGCUUCAUCUAGAAUCAAUAGGUGAUAAAUUGGCUUGCAUUUCAGAAUGUUCUGGAAUAUACAAGGUAUGGAUGUUGGGUGGUUACAAUACGGAGGAGGAGAUGUGGACUGAGCUUUACAGAGUUGGACCCCUGUAUGACUACUUGUUUGAUAUCCUCACAUUUUCUUGGAAUGGAAAGUAUAGUUUGUGUGUAUGCAACUCUAUUACAGAUGAGUUUGAGGAUCUUGCUUUGAGUUUGGGUCCCGAUCAAAGGUUGACUAUUCUUGACCAUCCAACAAUCAGUUAA